CCGUUUCAGUCAACUUGAGAGGAGCAGGCUAUCGUCGCCGGCCUCGACUGAAUUGAACACGGUUUAUCCGUACAGUCAGUAUACGCCGCAUGGGAUAGUAUCUAUUAUCGUUCCAGCAGGCGCCUGUAGCCCCACGGUUGCAAGACAGACAGCCCUUGUCUCCAUCGCCUGGAGCCCGGCAAACUAGGGAGACACUGCCAGCCACAUCCGUUGAGGCAGCAGUCGGUUCGUUGGCCGGAACCUCACGAGAUCCCAUUGCAUCUCAUCUUACACCCAGGGAGUCCCGGUUCUAUCGCGGUCGGAAGCGCCCGCAUCUAUCAAGGCCUUCACUCGAGGGUCCGGCCUCACCAUCAUGGCAUACCAGGAAGACGGCUCGCCGGAGCCGCACAACAGCAACCAGGAUACCGGUCUUGAGAGCCGUCUUCGGCGCGUCAUAAUCACGAACGCCCUUUCCAACGAUACUGGGGUAUCUUCUGCUGCGUCUGGGCCGCAGGCGCGACCGCCAGUGGCUGACCAAAACGCAGAGCCACAGCGCGAUGCCCAACCGACAGGCUCCGGACACGACGAGCCGCGUUCGCCCAGGGCGGCCAGAAAGCGUCCAAACCAAGCCCAGAGGCGGCAGAUGAGCUCGCAGCUGUCCAUUCCGAUAGAUCGAGGACCACCGCAGGGACCCCCCCAGCAUCCUCGACCGGGGCUCGGUUUCUCUGCCCCUCCGUCCAGGCCGUAUGAUCAGAGAAAUUCCCCUGGCAACCCUCACUCGAGCUCUUCCUCGUGGGCAGCACGUCCAGACACGGCGUACGGCCACACUGCAUGGCACAGGCCUGUCCCAAACAACUAUGGAGGCGCACCCUGGGGCCCACGACAUCGGCCACAGGAUCGAAGCGUAUCCUCCCAGGGGUCGUCUGCCUCAAACUUGGCGAUACGACCCUCUGUUCCUGGCCAGAGGCCGCCGCAGAAUCCGCGUCGACAUUUGUUCCGACCAGAGGAUGUGGCAGCGCAAGCCGCCAUGUUGGACCGACUUUGCUAUCAUGUGGUCUCCAGCUCCGAGAUCGAGAGACCGGAGAUUGCGGAGAAGGAGGCAUUCCGCCAGCGCAUCCAAGCAAUAUGUCGACAAGUUAUUUCUCUUCAUGAAGUAGAGGAAUGCGCGGCGACGGGUUUCCCCCCGACAUCCGUGCAGCUCCAAUGCUUCGGCAGCUUGUCAUCGGGCUUUGCGACAAAGGCUUCGGACAUGGAUCUGGGACUGCUUUCUCCGCUCUCUGCCAUACAGCCUGACGCACCAGGCUCCCCUAUCCCGAGGCUGGUGGAGAAGGCAUUCCUUGAUGCAGGGUUGGGUGCAAGACUACUCAGCCGCACGCGGGUGCCCAUCAUCAAACUCUGCGAGCAGCCGCCAGCACCACUACGCGAUGCACUGAUCGCGGAACGCGAGAAAUGGGAGAGUGGCGUAGAUAAUAGCCGCGGGGGCCUGGGUGAAGAAGCAAACGACCACGAUAUCGCCUCGCAAGCUCUCGAAGAUGAACGUUAUGAGACCAGAGAAAGCGAGCAAGGCCUUGUACCGGCCACUCAAUUCGAAAUACCCUACGCCAACGGAGAAACAAGAUAUUUUCAGCUCAAGCAAGGACCCAACAAUUCUCUUACCUCAUACUGCGGUUUGGCUAAAAGAAUUCUACGGAGAGCCGGCGGACGAGACGUUACUUUCUCCAACGCUCAUGAGUUUCUCGACCAUGACUGGAUCGUCCUAAACCGUGUGUGUGAGGCCUUUGUACGCGGCCUCUACGACACGAGAUUACGAGAGCGACUCGAGAAGUUUCCUUCGCUAUCAUUCAGGCCCUUGUACAAUACUCCUAGCAAUCGUUCCCUCUCGGGCGUCUUGACGCAGGUAGAGGGCGAGGAAGCGCUCAUGGCCUGGGAAAUGUGGCCCGCCAAGGACCUUUUUCACGACUUCCAGCCUCACGUUGAGCAGACGCUUUUGGCAUGGCAGAAUCUCCAAUGGAGUCGAAACUUCGGCGUCGAUCCUGCCUCGUACGCCAGGGAACUGCAGCUGUGUCUCGACAAGAUCAAAAGAAUUCCGUCGAUACAGCUUGCGAUACUCACUCAAGGCCAUGGUGAGACGUCGAGUCAGUAUAUGCAGAGGACAAGGACCAUACAGGCCAACUUUCAGCAGGGAAUGGACCCUCUCACGAGCGCGGCAAAGCUGGAGGUCAACGCCCGAUAUAUUUCAGGCAUUUUCGACAAGGAGACCCGAGACUUGGUCACGGCAGCGAUAGGCUCUUCAGCCAAUCAGGCCGAGCUGGAAGAGGUCGGGCAACUACACAAAAUCUUUCAGCUCUCCAGAGAUCUCGAGAAAGUGGUUGAGAAAGGGCCGUGCGACUCGGUGGACUUGGAACACAUCCGGCGCUACAUUGAACUGCUGCGCUCGCCCUUGUGCAGGGUCCAAAUCGCACCUCGGGAAUACAGCUACCGGAUACCCGUUCCGCCGGAGCUAUCGCAGGUCGUCGUUAGGAUCAGAGAGCUGCCUGGAUCUGUCUUUGAGACCUCCAACUCGCCACGGACAAGGCACCAAGAUCCGCUCGAGUUUCCAGCCACCGGGGCUGGCGUACAAUGCGACAUCAACUUUUCAGCUCACCUUGCCCUCCACAACACCGCGCUUCUGCGCUGCUACUCGCUUACGGAUCCCAGAGUGAGACCAAUGGUCCUCUUCGUAAAACACUGGGCGAAGGUUCGGGCCAUCAACUCCGGAUAUCGCGGAACCUUGAGCAGCUAUGGCUACGUGCUGAUGGUGCUGCAUUAUCUCGUCAAUGUUGCUCGGCCCUUUGUCUGUCCAAACCUGCAGCAACUCGCGCCCCGUCCUUCCCCGGAGCUGUCUGCUGCGGAAUUCGAGCGCAGCGUUCAAUUUCGCGGAUAUAACAUCCAGUUCUGGCGGAAUGAGAACGAAAUCAUGCAUUUGGCAAGCAAUCACCAGCUCAACCACAACACCGAAAGCGUCGGAAGCCUGUUGCGCGGGUUCUUCGAGUACUUUGCUCAGACCGGCGUCUUGAGCAGCGGUCAAGGCAAGGGAUUCGAUUGGGGCAGGGAUGUGCUAAGUCUGCGGACACAGGGUGGUCUUCUCAGCAAGCAGGAGAAGGGUUGGACCGGCGCAAAAACUGUCUUCGAAGUCCAAGAGGCAGCGGUUCCACCCCCAGGGAGAGGGGAGGCAAGGACUCUUGAGCAUGCAGAACCCGGACAGCCCACCCACAAAGGCGAUGAGGUCAAGGAGGUACGCCAUCGGUACCUGUUCGCUGUGGAGGAUCCUUUCGAGCUCGAUCACAAUGUCGCUCGAACAGUCACACACAACGGCAUUGUUUCCAUACGUGAUGAAUUCCGACGCGCUUGGAGAAUCAUUCGCACCGCGGACGGUGGAAUUCCACACGAGGACAUCUUGCAAGAUGUCAAGGAUGACCAAGACAGCCCAGGCUCGCUCUCUCGCCUCCUGGACGAAAUUCAUGGGCCCCAGCAAACUUAGACCCCUGUACAAUAGUGUAAAGAAAACCAAGACUUAACCAGCAUCUUGUGAUGCACACAGGUG